AUGAAUUUCCUGUCCUCUGCAGUCACUGCCAUCAAACCCAGGUUAGAUGAUUCUGGUAUCGAUCGACUCAACUAUUACUAUUCUACGAUGGUUAUUAUGGUAUUAUCAGUUACCAUCACCGCUAAGCAGUAUGUAGGAUCACCAUUACAAUGCUGGGUACCAGCUCAGUUCACGAAAGCAUGGGAACAAUACGCAGAGAAUUACUGUUUUGUCUAUAAUACGUAUUGGGUACGACCGGAUGAGGAUGUUCCGGACUCUGUGGAUACAAGAAUUGCACAACAAUUAAUCUACUAUCAAUGGGUACCAUUCAUUAUGGCCCUAGAGGCUGCAUUGUUCUAUUUACCAAUCAUAUUCUGGAGUCAAGUAAAUAAUAAAUCCGGGUUGAAUAUCGAAAAUCUCGUUCGAGUUGCGCUCGCGGCUGAGGUAGCAGAGGUAGACGCAGAGAAAGAGAAAAAAAUUAACGUGAUCUGUUCACAGCUGGAGGCCAGUAUCGACUUGCAGAAUUCACGAAGCGAAGGAGCAUCAUUUAUGAAGCAUCUUGCUAAAUUUGGACAGCUGGAUGGUACAUAUGUUAGCAAUGUUUAUUUGGUGACAAAAAUCAUAAAUGUCAUAAAUCUUGGUGGACAAUUCUUUAUGAUGAACAAGUUUCUGGGACAGAAUGAUCCUUAUUGGGGUGUUCAUAUACUGAGUGAUAUCCUUACUGGGACAGACUGGGAGCUUAGCGGUAACUUCCCACGAAUCGCAAUGUGCGACUUCCAAGUGCGUGUACUUGGUAAUCUGCAACGAUAUUCUAUACAAUGUGUACUUUCACUAAACAUGUUCAAUGAGAAGAUCUUUCUUUUCCUUUACUUCUGGUUUAUUAUUGUUGGCAUAGCUACAGCGCUGGACACCGUUUUUCUAGUCUACUAUACAAGAUUUUCUCAGAAGAGAUUGCACUUCAUAACUAAAUUUAUGAAAGUAGCCGAUGAAGAAGAGAUGUUAUUUGAAGAUUUCUGCUUGUUUCACAUAAACUCGGACACGAUAGUUAUUUUCAAGAUGAUAGGUAGCCACGCAAAUGAAGUUAUCGUCACUGAUGUAGUUCAACAAAUGUGGAGGAAUUUCAGGAAGCGAAGACAAUCGCGCGGAAAUAAUAAUAUGGCUUGUGAUACAAAGAAACUUGAGGAUCACAAUGAGACAAUGCCAUUGGUAUUCGCAUAA